AUGCUUGCACGUACUCAGGCCAUCGUCAGAGCUUCUGAAGUUUUUGCCCUCGCCGGCAGAAGUGCUUCUUCUGCCGCUGCAGGCGAAAAGAAGGCUGGGAAAAGAAUUAAAACUUUCGAAAUCUAUCGGUUUAAUCCUGAGAAGGCAGGAGCAAAGCCAGAAAUGCAGAAGUUCGAUAUUGAUCUUGAUAAUUGUGGAAAAAUGGUGCUCGAUGCUCUGAUCAAGAUCAAGAAUGAAGUUGAUCCUACCCUAACGUUCAGAAGAAGUUGUCGUGAAGGAAUUUGCGGCUCUUGCUCCAUGAACAUUGGAGGACAGAACACUUUAGCUUGUAUUUGCAAAAUUGAUGAAGAUACAAGCAAAAGUACCAAGAUCUACCCUCUUCCCCAUAUGUUUGUCGUUAAGGAUCUUGUUCCCGAUAUGAACCUUUUCUACGCUCAGUAUGCUUCUAUCCAACCAUGGAUCCAAAAGAAGGACUCCAUUAAUCUGGGAGAGAAACAACUUUAUCAAAGCAUCGAAGAGAGAGAUAAACUUGACGGAUUAUACGAAUGUAUCUUGUGUGCUUGUUGCUCCACAUCCUGUCCUUCUUAUUGGUGGAACGCUGAUAAGUACUUGGGACCAGCUGUUCUUAUGCAAGCUUACCGAUGGAUCAUUGAUUCACGUGACGACUAUGCCGCCGAGCGUCUUCAUCGCAUGCACGAUUCUUUCUCCGCGUUCAAGUGCCACACAAUCAUGAACUGCAGCAAGACUUGUCCUAAGCAUCUCAAUCCCGCCAAAGCUAUUGGAGAAAUCAAAUCCCUACUUGUUGGAGUUACUUCUAAGCCAGCUCCUGCCCCGACCCCAGCUAACUUUUAG